AUGUCGCAUGACCCUAUCAAAGAGCGACCCUUUUCACGAGAUUCGCCAGAGCCCAGAGCGACGACCAGCGUUCGGGAAGAACCUCGAAAUCUCCCACCGAUUCUGUCAAAUGAUAGGUCUGGAACUCCACAAGAUGCCCAUCAGAAGCUCCCCUCAGCUCACGGUGCUGUCAUGCGACCAACACCUCCACCAUCAUCGACUCCACCUGAACAGCGAGCUGCUCGUCCCAUAGGGGUCGAGAGCUUGUUAAAUUCCACUUCAAGUGGCAACGUUGGCUCUGGCAGCCAUCGCCAAUAUGUCGAGAGGGCCGAUUCUCCACGAACGGUACCGUCAGUGACGUCUCAACCCGACACUCCAAGCCUUGCAGCAAGUUCAACUAGGAAAAGUUCUGUUGGUGAUAUUUCUUUGCCAUCAAUCACCCCUCCGUCGAUCAGUUCAUUUCCGCAGCCAGCUCGAGCCAUGACGCCUCGAUCGCCAACGAGUUACGGGCCGAGUCAAAUCACUACCGGUAUUCCAACCGCCACGAUUGACGCUCGGCAAUCACCCUUUGUCUCUCGAGAUCACGGAUCGGUAAUCUUGGGACAUAGCUCCUACCCUACAGCUCCAAGUGCGUUUCCUUCAAGCUAUCUUUCCUCCGCCUCAGGAAUGCAGUCACCCACGACGCGUCCAAUCGGUCAUAUAGGCCAGGCAUCACGAGCCCAGCCUUUUGCGGAUUCUGGAAACUCAAGCGCUCACUUUUCAGCUUCGCGUAGCGUCAGUCCAACCUCACAUCCACAGCGGCGAUCUCCAUCCGCGAAUAUUUCCCAGCCUGGUCAGCCUCAGUCCUUUUUUUCAGGCCCGUUCGCCUCCGCAGCGCCUGUUUUGGGAAUGCCCCAACUCGGAUUCGACAAGAAAGGGCCGAUGGCUGGUGGACCACCAGGAAACGGUCAGUACCCAAUGAUGCUUGAUACCGAGUCGGGCCCGAUCCCAGUCCCUAUCGACGUCCAAGCUGCGUCAAAGAUGGCUGACGAGAAGCGGAAGCGUAAUGCUACAGCCUCCCAUCGAUUUCGCCAACGCCGCAAAGAAAAGGAGCAGGAGACGGCGAGCAACAUUGCAAGGCUAGAGGCACAGGUACGGGAGAUGACGGAAGAGAGAAAUUUCUACCAGCAAGAACGCGACAUUCUACAAGACGUCGUCGUACGCAACCGGCUCCCUCUUCCCGCACGCCCCGCAUCUCCCAGACGAAGAAGGCACGCCUCGAUGGGCCUCUCAGGAGUAUCUCAAUAUCAAGACCCUGAUACGGCAGGGCGAGAAGAGGGUAGAAAUCUACGGCGACGAACGAGCGCUUACGUGCCACCGCAAGGACAUCUACAACAUGUGGGGGAGCCUCCGCCGCCGAUGCCUUCACACGAUCGUAUCAGCACGAUGCCAUCCGAGCACCUGCAGAGCCAGCAACAUCGAAUGCGUCCUCAAGGGUCAUUUCCUCCCAGUGCACACCCUUUCGAUCCCACAGCGCCACGCUGA